GCUCUUAACUCAAUAUUUCUAAAGGCAUGCAGCAGAGCAGAGACCUUUCUGCUCAGAGCAACACUCCCCACAUCAUCUGACCAGAGCAAAAAUGGAAUAACACUGAACUGAAUCACCGUUCAUCUAUAAGUGAACCAUGGAGCCGAGGAUUUCUGUGUCAUCUUUCAAAGAUGUGGUGUCUCCUGGGCGCAGUCUGAGUGCUAGUUUUCGCUAUGGCUCUUUUGUCAAUAGCACCAGUUCUUUGGAUAAGGUACGGCCUUCACCUGCCCCCCCUGCACGAGGAUAUGUGGCUGUGGCUGUGCUCUGCUAUGUCAACCUGCUCAACUACAUGGAACGGUACACUUUAGCAGGAGUGCUUUUGAACGUCCAGAAGUUUUUUAAUAUAAGUGACAGUACUGCCGGACUUCUGCAGACAGUUUUUAUUUGCAGUUUUCUUCUUUUUGCACCUCUCUUUGGUUACCUUGGAGACCGCUACAACAGGAAGUAUAUCAUGAUGUGUGGUCUAGUUGUGUGGCUCAUCACAGCCCUGUGCAGCUCCUUUGUCACUGAGAAUUUAUUUUGGUUCCUGAUGCUGAUGCGGGGCUUGGUUGGGAUCGGAGAGGCCAGUUACUCAACUAUUGCCCCCACAAUCAUUGGAGACAUGUUUUCUGGGACAAAAAGAAGUUCCAUGAUUUCUAUCUUCUACAUCUUCAUCCCAGUGGGCAGUGGUCUGGGCUAUAUUUUAGGUGCGUCCAUUGCUUCUGCCACAGGGGAUUGGCGAUGGGCUCUUAGGUUAACUCCCAUACUAGGAGUAAUCGGGCUACUUUUGCUUGGCUUCUUCUGUCCAAACCCAUCACGAGGUGCUGUCGAAAGUCAAGGCCAGACAAACACUGAACCCACGUCUUACAAAGAGGACAUCAAGUAUCUUCUGAAAAAUAAAAGUUUUGUAUGGUCAACAUUGGGAGUGACUGCCAUGGCUUUUCUGACUGGUGCUCUGGCUUUCUGGGUGCCCUUGUUCCUAUCCCGAGCUCAGGUUUUCCAGGGCGUUCUGCAACCUUGCACAGUGGAGCCUUGCCAGAGCAUAGACAGUCUCAUCUUUGGAGCCAUUACCGUGGCGACCGGUAUUUUAGGGGUUGGCAUCGGUGCUGGUCUGUCCAGAUGCUUCCUGGACAGAGUGGAGUAUGCAGACCCGGUCAUCUGCGCUGUCGGCAUGUUAGGAUCUGUCCCAUUUCUCUUUGCCACCGUCUUUACCGCUUCAGUCAACAUCCCAGCCACUUAUGUGUUUAUUUUCAUCAGUGAAACGCUGCUGUCCCUGUGUUGGCCUAUUCUGGCUGAUAUACUCCUAUAUGUUGUGGUCCCAACCAGAAGGGCUUCAGCUGAGGCUCUGCAGAUUGCCGUAUUACACCUGUUUGGAGAUGCUGGCAGCCCGUAUCUCAUUGGGACGAUUUCUGAUGCCAUCCAACGCUCCAACCCUGUCUCCCCUGAGUGGAGCUUCCUGAGCCUGAAGUACGGUCUCAUCCUCUGUCCAUUGGUUGGGGUAGUGGGUGGAGUGUUCUUCCUGGUCACUGCUAUUUACAUCACCAACGACAGGAAGGCAGCUCUACAAGUGGGGCGAGGUGAAGCCACUGCAGUAUCAUCUAUAGAGCUACAGACUGAGAACGGAAUGUGAGCCAAAUAAGUAUCAAGAAUGUAUUUUGUAUCUAUUUUUGAUGUAUGUUUAUUUUAAUAUUUUGUAUUUUUCUUAUAUUGUUGGUUAUUUAACACAUUGUGGCGACUGAAAUCUGUAUACACAGUCACAUUGUUUAUGGAGACCAAAAAUAAGCUCCGGUAAAUCCUUCAGUAUCAAGCAAGCUUUAACUUGAGCAAUUAGGUGAUGUUUACGAUUUAGGUAAAGCACUUACCUAGUUUUCCCUAGUUUGAUCAUUUUAAAGUUUAUCAUUUUACUGUAGGGUUGGACAUAGACAGAACAUAUGGCAGACAUGGACCUAACAACCACAUUGUAAACAAGGAGCAAAAAUAUCAAAUAUCAUAGCAAACAUUAGAUGGUGGCAGGGGCAAAGUGUGGUACAAACUUAAGUGUUAAACAUACUUAAAUAUGGGGAACAAUCAAAGAGGUAAAUACACACGUUAAAAGUAUGUGGAAAAUACUUGAAAUAAAACAAAUAUGAAGUGGGAUCUAGAAAGAGAGCUCUAAAUUAUAUGUUCAGGAGUAAUCAGUGUUAUUGAUUGUAUUUAAAUGUGUGCACUCUUGAACUGAAUGAAAGUGCCAUACAUGUGAGUGACAGCUGUGUUGUGACUCUGAAAAAAUAAAACUGGGAACCUUUUUGGUUCAAGAUGUUUC